AUGGAAGAUUUUAUUUCUUAUUUAGAAACGACUGUCUUACAAAGUAUUUAUCAUGAAAGUGAUGCUUCCGGUGGAAUUGUUAUUACUAACGAUGGCGUUAAUCAUCUCGUUGGUAGCUCCAGAAUUAGACAGAUCAGAAUACAUCCAGAAUCGUGUUUAAAAGAUCCGCUUAAAGAUUUGCAUGCGGAUUGCAAAUAUGCGAAUAUUUACUAUGAUAUGGAUAAAAGAAACUUCUCCGAAUCAUGGAAAGAGGAGAUCAGUAAACCUGGACCCUUGGCUCGUGAACAAAUUUGGUCUUAUCAGGAUAUAAAUAGUGAUGAAUAUUUUGCGAUAGGAAAUGAAUCCAGCUAUCCAAGAGGUGGUUAUAUGGUAUUACUGGGACGUGAUGAAAGUACAGCUUUAACCGAAUUUAAUUAUCUCAAAGAAUCAAAGUGGGUCGAUAAGUUCACCAGAGCAGUUAUCUUUGAGACUUCACUUUUUAACCCAAACACCAAAGUAGCAAGUACCAUUAGGAUUCUGGGUGAAAAGUGCUACAAUGGUGGUUUUGUAGCUAAGCAAAAUAUUUAUUUUGCAAAGGUGAGAUCAAUCAACGAUCAGAAGGAGGUGAUCCUGAUCUUAAUGAUGAUCAUACUUUUUCUAUCAAUGUUCCUUUAUGUACAAAAAAAACAAACGGAGUACGCUAAAUCAUCAUGGAGACACAUUUCCCAUAUAUGGAAUUUAUUGUGGAUAUUAUUUAUUAUUACUGGCAUUGUCGUCAUCUUAACAUACAUUUUUCGUAUGAGUAAAGUAAUAAAAUCAAUAGAGAAACUAAAAAAUUCUCAUACCGAAAAAUACAUAUUUUUUGAUGAUAUUGUAUGGGCUGAAAGUGUAUUCUUAACUAUCAUCAGCAUUUCUUUAAUUGUGACAAUCAUAAAAAUUGGUGAUAUCAUUAUUACAAAGACCACAGGUCACGAGCGAAUAUUAAUGAUUAGAAAAAGAAGAGACUAUAAAAGGAGCGAAAAUAUCAAUAACGGAACAUCAUUAUUCUCGGUGUCCUCUCAGUAUCAUGCAAAUUUUUCGUUGCGGUUCCUGAGUUAAAGAAGUCAAAAAAAUUUUAGCAACGAAGCCAAGAAGGAUUUAGAGACGGGGAAGUAACAUUUCUGGAGGAAAAUUUUUUUUCAAAAAUGAU